AUGGCUCCUCCUCAACAUGAUCCUUAUGCUCCUUCUCAGGUGGCAGAGAAGGUCAUGAGAAGAAUUGAAAUUGCAAAGGUUGCUCGUAACCUCCAGGAUUGCCUGGCAUUCGCAAGCUUUAAAGCUCAGAAUGGAUGGCAAGAUCGAACCCUCCGUUCAAUUGAACCAGAGGUUGCCGAGCACCUCAAGCGGAAACGCCCUACCUUCGAGGAAGACCUGCCCUCGGAUGACUCCGAAGACAUUUUGCCCUCGAACUCGUCAGCCGGCAGCCACCUUGGUCGUCGUCCCAACACCGGCACGUUCAAAAUUCCUGAAAAGCCCUACACUACCUCGAGAAAGAGAGUGCGUUCUGCUUCUGCUACCGCUGCAGAACAUGAGCUCCCUAGCAAUUGGAAGCAUGACAACGGCCUGGCUCAGUCUUCCCCUACUCUGGGCCGCACAGACUCGACAGACUUCGACUCUGCUUCGCUUCCACAACAUACCAUUGAGGACUCGCCCAUGUUCGAUGUUCACUCAGAAGAAGAAGAUCACGAGACAGGUCUUGGCCAUGAGCCAUCCUCAAGUAUCAUCUCAUCACCCCCUCGCACACCUCCCCCCGCCCACCGACGACUUGCCACCUCGAAGCAGUCCGGUGCUGAUCUCCUCCUCUACCUCGCCAACUCCCCUUCUCGCUCACCGGCCGUCAAUGUUGCCCAUAUCUCCAGCUCAGCAAAGCCUCCUUCGACGCCCCCAUCUCAACACACUCACCUCCCAUCGUCUGUUAUGAACACCCCCGGCAACAAUCUCAGCCUGUUCAAUGGGGCAUUGACACCAGGUCAGAGCUUCAACCUCGCCGACUUCUGCAAUGUGACUCCCUCGCCAGGUCAAGCUCCUUGGGGCGGCCGUACUCCCGGGCUGGCCAAGACUCCCAGUCGUCUGGCCCGACCAAUGGACGCAUCACGCAAGAUGCCCACAAGCCAGGGCUUGGCCCUUCAGCUAGGUGACGAGCUCAUGCCUCGAUCAUGA